AUGCAGGACAUUUGGUGUCAUAUUCAUUCCCUAAUGACGCUACGAGAUGCUGCCCGUGCUGCCUGCGUAUCUCAUGCCUUUCAAAAUUCUUGGAAAUGCUAUCCCAACCUCAUAUUUAAUACUCGAACAGUAGUGUUGCGGGAUGGCAUGGAUUUCGCCUGCAGAGUUGAUCACAUUUUGAAAAAACACUCAGGCAUUGGCGUGAAGACAUUCGAGCUUAAUUUCCCCUUUUUCUACAAGUCCGAUGCCUAUAAAUAUCUCCACAGGUGGCUUGAGAUAGUGGUUAAACCUGGCAUUGAGAAACUUACCCUUGCGAUUCCUGAGAUAGAGGAAGUCAACUUCCCAUGCCAAGUUCUAUCUGAUGCGAAUGUAAGCUCGAUGUGGUAUCUGAACCUUGCUUACUGUGCCUUCCGUCCUACAGUCAGACUUGGUUGCUUGAGAAGCCUGACAGUGCUGUUUCUUGAUUGUGUGCGAAUUACGGGGGACGAGUUAGGGUACAUUGUUUCCAGCUGUGUUGCUUUGGAGCAUUUGGAACUCAGGGAAUGCUCCGAGAUAACUUACUUGAAGAUACCUUCCCAGCUGCAGCGGCUCAGUUCCGUGCAUGUGUUAGAAUGCCACAAACUGCGAACGAUAAAGAUCGAAGCUCCAAAUAUUUGUAGGUUUCACUUUACAACAUUUCACCAUGUACAGUUCUCACUUGGAGAAUCAUUGCAACUGAAGAACCUAGAGAUGCUCUGUUGCCGCCUCCUCUAUUAUGCACUUGAAGAGCUACCAUCCAUUGCGCCGAAUCUUGAAACUUUUAGCAUAUUUUCAUUCCAUGAGGUGGUAAAUACAACAAUGGCAUUGGCGCCUAGCAAGUUCCUUCACCUGAAGUACCUGAGUAUUAGUAUUCGUGGAGACUAUGAUUAUUUUUCUCUGAUUUCUUUUCUUGAUGCCGCUCCCUCCUUGGAGACGUUCACACUGAAUGUACUGAUACAGCAAAAAUGCAUUGAUGAAUUGCUUUCUAAAGAUCCGACGCAUCUAAGGAAGUUGCCAGGAUACCGGCUUGACAAGCUCAAGACAGUGAAGAUCUCGCGGUUCUGCUCUUCAAAGAGCUUGGUUGAGCUGACGUGCCAUAUUCUUGAAAACUCAGCAUCACUGGAGCGUCUUGCACUGGACACCACUGGUGGUGGUCUCCGGUGUUCUGACCGCAGGUCCCGUAAAUGCUCCUUCUUGCAUAGAUCCAUGGAUGCCCAUACAGCGGUCUUGGUAAUCGGAAAAUACAUCGUGGGAAAAGUUCGCCCUAGAGUUAAGCUAGAUGUUGUGGAGCCUUGCAUCUGGUGCCAUACCCUUGACCCAUAGGCGCAUAGCAUAGUUGUCAAUGUGCAAACGGGUACUACAUCUAGAAGUUUUGGGAGGAUUGAAUGUUGUCCUUUUUAUGUUUUUGGUGAAACUCGUGAGGGGACAUAUUAGCUUGACUUCUCGUUACUUCUUUGCUUUGUGUUGAGGGACGUUGCUUCCACGUCCGUAUACAGGGUUGUAGAAUAAUCCCGAAUCCUGCGUUUGAUUUUUCAUUUAGCAUGUCGUUCUAAAAUCCCGCAUGUCAGUGAAUUCCAGACGCGGCACUUGCAGUGAAAAUGAAUGGAAUCGUUGCCCUUUGGCUGAACUCCGUGAAGUGAACACAGAGGAUGCAGCACAGGUUCGGUUAUUGUUGCCGUUCCUGGGGGAUCCAACUUCAUUCUUCAGCUCUUCCUGCAGCUAACAAAAAUAAAAAAUCUUCUUCACUGUGGCACUCUGAACUUGCUCCUUGACACGAAGCUGUAGCUCAUCUUGCAUGGGAGUCGUAGUGUCAUUGGAACAGAUAGUCCUGGUAUUCUGUUUAGAACUCCUGCUGUCACGUCACAAAGACAGUUAAAUGACAAAGUUUAUAUGGUCGAGUUGG